AUGGAAGUCACAAUGGAAAACCUUGGCAACCUUCACGGCGUCUCGCACUCACAGGCAGGGGACCUGAUGAGCUCCUCACACGCUCGGCAGUCCUCCGCCCCUUCUCAUCGGAACCUAGUUUCUCACGCGCACGGCCGGUCGGCGAUGGUGUCCAGCAUGGCCUCGAUACUGGAUGGUACCGGGGACUACCGGACAGACCCCUCGUCGCUCUCCGGCCACCUUCACCCGGCCAUGAGCAUGUGCGAGUCCGGGAUGAGCCUGAGCAACACCUACACCACACUGACACCUCUCCAGCACCUACCUCCCAUAUCCACCGUCUCCGACAAGUUCCACCACCCACACUCCCACCACCACGCAGCCGCCCAACAGCGACUCUCCGCGGGGAAUGUCAGCGGGAGCUUCACGUUAAUGAGGGAUGACCACCGGGGGCUGGCGUCUAUGGGCAACCUAUACUGCCACUACCCCAAAGAUAUGUCCAGCAUGGGCCAUGGGUCCCUUUCCCCGCUGUCCAACGGCCUUGGCUCUUUGCACAACUCCCAGCAGACGCUCUCAGCCUACGGUCCAAGUGCUCACCUCUCCAAUGAUGCCAAGAUGCUCUCCCCCGUGACAGGCUUCGAGUCCCACACCACUAUGCUGUCUCGGAGCGAGGAGCACAUUGCCAGGAGUUUAGGUGGCCAUGGGCACGGCAUGAUCUCCAACCUCAACGGGAUGCACCAUACGCACAGCCACCUCCACUCCCAGGCCAAUGGGGCAGCGAUGCUGGCGGAGCGGGAGAGGCACGGCGCUGGGGCCGGCCAGGGAGGAGGGUCAGGUGGGCAGGCGGAGGAGAUCAACACCAAGGAGGUGGCUCUGCGGAUAACAGCGGAGCUGAAGCGCUACUCCAUCCCCCAGGCGAUUUUCGCACAGAGGAUCCUAUGUCGGUCCCAAGGAACCCUCUCAGAUCUCCUGCGGAACCCCAAGCCAUGGAGUAAACUCAAGUCUGGCAGGGAGACGUUCCGGAGGAUGUGGAAGUGGCUCCAGGAGCCCGAGUUUCAGCGGAUGUCUGCCCUUCGGUUGGCUGCCUGUAAGCGGAAGGAGCAGGACCAGGGUCGUGAAAGGAACCUGGUCCCCAAGAAACAGCGGCUGGUUUUCACCGACCUGCAGCGCCGCACGCUGGCGGCUAUCUUUAGGGAGAACCGCCGGCCCUCCAAGGAAAUGCAGAUCACCAUCAGCCAGCAGCUGGGCCUGGAGCUCUCCACCGUCUCAAAUUUCUUCAUGAAUGCACGGCGACGCUGCCACGACCGUUGGGGGUCCACCGGAGGCGUUGAGGGGAACGAGCACGGGGGUGUGCAUGGGAACGUGCAUGGGCACGGUCACAUGCACGCUCAUGGGAACAACAACAACGCCGGUUCAUCCACGGCGCAACCGGGUACCUCCUCUGCUACCACCUUCUCCAAGGAAUAAGAGAGAAGGGAAGGGGGUGGGAGAGGAUGGAGGGGUUUGGAUCUAAAGCAGUGGUCACUGACCCUGGUGUGCAGGCUUUUUGUCCAGCUCAGCUGAUUCAACUCCUGGUCUUGAUGAAUAGUUGAUGAAUUGAAUCAGGUGUCUAUGACCAUUGGUCUGAACGUGUUCUCUUUUUGUGAGGUAUCUCACCUUUUACUCCAUUUUGUUUUGUCCAUCAGAAACCAAAGAGAAACCAACAGGUCUGAGAGCGGAAUGGUGUAUUGGUUUGAGCAAAUCUGUCUCUAAAUCAAGCAAAUCUGCCGCCCCCCACCCCAAAAAA